UGACCAGAGACUGCGGACACAGUACAGGAGAUGACCAGAGACUGCGGACAGUACAGGGAUGACCAGAGACUGCGGACAGUACAGAGAAGCCGGGAAGACCGCGCCGCUGGAUAGAGGAACAGGUAAGAUCAAAGAAGUAAGAGCGGGUAUCUGUCCAAUUCAGGUGCCCGCUCCCCACCUCCCCAAAGGUCAGCAGUCCUCUCCAUAAGGUCCCGCUGCAGAGCUGAGCGGCCGGCCCGGUAUUCUGCACGGCGGCGGUGGAAAUACUGGACCGGCCGCUCUAUAUUCGCUCCAUAAGACGCACUGACAUUUU